AUGAACGCAGAUACUAGGUUAAUGCUUACUUUGAUCAAUAGAAUCGGUGCAAAGUUACCAUGUAAUAGCGGAAAAAAGUUGGAAGUCUUGGAAUUAGAUCCACUCCUUUUACAAACUGUAAAUGCAAUUGUUGAUCUUUCUCGAUAUAGGCUUGAGGCAAUAGUCAACAACUUUGUUCCAUAUGAAGUAUUACAAUCUCAAUUAUUUAUCCUAAAGAUUUUAUCUGCAUGUAUGACACAUCAUUGGAAAUGUUAUCGAGGAACACAAAAGAAAAUGGAAAUGUCAAAAGUAAAAUCAUUCGAAGACUUUUCAGCAACUUCCCCUUCUAAUGAAAAACUAGCUGAUUACAUUUUAAGAGUAUUAGCAAAAUUUCUUCAUCAAAUGGCUUGUCAAGAAGAUAUUAGUUCACAUUUAUAUGGUGGACCAGAAAGACCAUAUCCAAAUGGAAACAGUCAAGUUCAGUUUAAUGCCGCAAAUUACGAUAUUAUCUGUGAGAUUUACAAAAACGCUGGUCGUGUUAUAUUUUAUAUUAGUGCAUCAAAUUGGGACAUAGUUUUUAAUAGAAUUAGACAAAAAAUCGCAUUUUUAUGUAAUACAAAUGAAGAAUACCCUGAAACUUCGGAAUUGAAAUUAUUGGAAGUGUCCGAUCUAAAUUCUCAAAGGUUGUCAAUGGUUUUACAAGAGUUAUGUAAUACAUUUAUGCAAUUAAAAAAGUCUGCACAAAUAACCAUGGCAACUGUACUUCGAAAAGCUAUAUGGAAUUGGAUCGAAGUAUUUCCAGCGGAAUUUGUAGCACUUUGUCAGUCUAAAAAACGCAUGGAUGGAAAUCCGGAUUUACUUUUCAAUAUUUGUUAUAAUUCUACUGAUAAUAGUGCUCGUCGUAAGGUUGCUUUUUGGCCUUUACAAACCAUGUUGUUGAUAUUAUGUCCAGGAAUUUUAGCUAAUGCUAUCAAAGAACCUCAAACAAGUAGACCUACAAAUAGAGUUCAAUUUUUGGAUUCGUUAAAAAGAUCUUUGAAAGGCAAAAGUUUUGCCGAUGUUGCAGCUAUAUGUUAUGUGGAUAUUUGUAAGGCCUCAACUUAUGUUGCCAAGAAUGAAAAUUUAGCUCUAAGAAUGAUUGUCCCCGAAAUUGAAAAUGAACUUACGGAGAAAUUAUUUGAUCCUUCAAAGCCAUUUCCAAAUGAGAAUCACAUAGAUCAACAACUGAUGAUUGAUUGUUUGGUAGCUUUAUUCAGAUUAAAUCCAAAAAAAACAUUGCAUUCUUUGGUACCUAUUUGCUUACAAGAAAAUGCUCCUGGAAUUUUCAAAUUGGUGCUUGUGAAAAGUUGCAAUGCUAUUGCUUCAGAGGAAAAUCGUCUCCCAUGGAACCCACGAAUUUCAUCGAUGCAUUCAAUGUUAGCGUCACCAUUGAGAAAAUUAUUUAAUGAUUUAAUGGUAGUUCGUAGAUCGAAUGAAGGUCAUAAGCGCAAAAAAAUGGAAAAUUUUGAAAUUAUUUUAAAUUUACUAAAAUUAUAUAGAACUGAUCCUAAAUUAGUUAUAGUGGGAGAUGAUAAAAAUGAGCCAACAAAAGGAAAUCAAAUGAUUAUAACGGUAGUUACUGAAUGCCUUAACGAUUCGGAUAUUUAUAUACGAUCAUAUGCAGCAGAAACUUUGGCAGAACUUCAUAAUAUUGAUCUCAUUGAAAUGUGGGGCACUCCUUUACAAAAUUUUUGGCUUAUAAGUUCUCAAAUUACUCUUGCUAUCGCGAAACAAAUUUUGGAUUCAAAUGAUACUAAAAAUAUGUUGGAAUUAUUAUUACAAUUACUAAGCCGGCGUAAUGAAUUUCUUCGAACUCACAAAGUAAUGGAUUUUCAUAUUUUGUUUUUGGCCUUAUUAACUACCGAGAAUCUUGCAAAUGAUAUGGAAGAAACAUCAGAAUUACCAACUCCCUCACAUAUGACUAUAGUUGAAAAUAUGAAUGUUUAUAAAGAAUUAUCCACAAGUGGUUCAGUAGUUGCUGGGAAAAUGGCUCAACAAAGGCGUAUACGUAAAUUAUUAAGAUCAAUGGUUCAACCAACUCCUGGUAAUCUUAGUGCAUGGGAAGAGGCAUGGUAUAGGUGGAAAAAACUUACCUUUAUAAUAACAAGAUCAUCAGAUGAAUCUACCACUGAACCUCCCACCAUAAGGAGAGGUGCUUUUCCAUUUAUCCCUCCUCAUAAGCAACCACAACAAACUAGUGUAAAUGGUUUAACAGAUGCUCAAUCUACUGAGUGGAAUUACUACACAAGAUUUCUUGCAGCUUUAGGAGGUUGUUGUGUUCAUGACAGGUUUAGAAAUAUGAGUGGAGUAGAAUCUAAUUCUCGUAGAAUAUCUACACUACAUACCAAUGAUUAUCAUUCAAUGGUUGAAAAAUACGUUCAAGAGAUGGUGGAUUUACUUGUUUGUGAAACCCAAUAUGUUCGUGAAAAUGUCAAAGAAACUCUUGGUAAUGAAUUGAGUCCAAGAUUAUAUGUGAUACUUUUCCAUCAUUUGGAAUCCAUAGUAUCAAGAUUUUUCAAUCCUGAUGGUGAUGCGAACCCGAAUGAAAGAUAUACUUUGUUCGUUGAUCAAGCGAUCUCUGUUCUUAAGUUAAUCUUGGAACGAAUUUAUGAUUCAUCUGAUAAUCUUUACGCAUGUAAUAUUGGUGGAUUGGUUUUAUCGUUUGCCAGAUAUUUGAAUAAAUUAGGGUCCGGUCAUAAUGCAUUGAAAAUUAAAAAACGAAUGUGUCGAUUAGCCGAAUUAUUGAUGACCAAAAAAGAUUUUGUAAAUCUACGGCAGGAAAUUAAGUUACGAAAUCUUUUGUUAGAAAUUAUCAUUGAAUGGAAUUCAGAAUAUAAUAAAACCGAACAUCAUGGAAGUGUUGAAAGUGUUUCGAAUAAAAGUGAAAGAUUACAUCGAGAUUUAGAUGCGGCAUGCUUGAAAACCAUUGUUGAAUUACUUGCUCAAUUACCUCUACAGCCGACAGAGACCACACACGAUUUAAGCCAAGAUAAAUCGAAAAUGUUUUAUAAAUAUUUUUCAUUUUUCAUAAGAUUGUUGAAUCGAUGCCGUAUUCUAGAGGCUAUUGAUAGUGGUACACAUUCCGCGAAAAAUAAUCAAGAUUUACAGAUGUUACUUUCCAAGUCCAAAGAAUAUGUCAAAGAUCUUGGUCCAUUGAAAGAUUACACAAUUUCGGCGUUAUCUAAUCUUUUAAGUGCAAAUGUUGACUCUGGUCUAAAAUUUUCCCUUUCAAUGGGUUACCAUGAGGACACAAAAACAAGAACCGCUUUUAUGCAAGUCCUUCGUAAUAUUUUACAUCAAGGAAUUGAAUUCGAUGGUUUAAGUGAAAACGCUAUGAAAGAUCGUUAUGAAAGGCUUGUCGAGAUUAUUGCUACUUCAGAUAUUGAUAUUUCUUUAUCGCUGUGUGAAGUUCAUAAUCCUGCGGAUGAAGAUGAAGUUGCACGUGUGUUGAUAGCUGUAUUCGAUUCUCACAACAAAGCCAUAGAUUUGUUAAGAGCUUUGUUUAGUAAAGAAAUUCGUGUCUUCGCAAACGGAGAAGAACCUAAUUUAUUCAGGAGAACUAGUAUGACUACCAAGUUACUAUCUGUAUUCGCGAAGGCACAUGGUAGUGAAUAUUUAAGAGAAACAUUACAACCCGUUGUUAAUGAUUUAAUUUCAAAACCAAGUGAUUUUAGCUGUGUGAUUGACCCAGAUAGACUUACACCUGGCGAAAAUAUUGAUCAAAACUUAGAAAAUUUGAAGCUUGUAACCAAUAAUUUCUUAGAUGCCAUUUUUAAUUCUGCAGAUAACAUGCCAAGAACUUUCAAACUUUUAUGCCACUAUUCUGCUCAAGUAGUUAAAGAAAAGAAUCCUGAUAUGGUAGAAACUACAGUUGGAGCUUUUAUCUUUUUAAGAUUUUUCAGUCCCGCAAUAACGACACCAGAUCAUGAGAAUUUGUGCAAACCCAUAGAAAAUUUUAAAACUAGACAAAACUUUUUAAUGGUGGCAAGGAUUAUUCAACGUCUAGCUAAUAGUGCUUCGACUAAUGAACCCUAUAUGGAUUCGAUGAAAGAUUUCGUGCGCGAAAAUAAAAAUAAAUUAAAAGAAUUUUUGAAUGAAAUUUCGGUAGCACCAAUUUCGACUCCAUCAUCGGAAUUAAAAUCAGCCGAAGCAACUCCCACUUCUCGUCUAUUAGAAGACGCAGAUCGAAAAUCAUUACAUAGACUUUUAUAUAUUUAUCAUGAAAAUAUGUCAAGAUCUUUACAAACCAGGAGACUUAAAUCAAAUUUACCCGGAAAUACGGAUAACGAACAAGUGAAAGCCAAUAAAUUAGCUUGGGAUAGAAUAUCCACAUUAUUGGCUCAAUUAGGACCUCCAUCUGAAACUCCCAAGAAAGAAUUUCUAAGUACCACAUCUCAUUCAUUCGUAAAUAAUAAUCAUUUAUACUUAGAAUUCAUGAGAAGAAAUGCGAAUCGUAUGACGGAAAAUCAUAAUAUAUUAAAAGAUAUAUUUUAUGAAGGAGGAAAUUCUAAAGCCAAUAGACCAGUUUUUUAUUACAUCGCACAUCGUCUUCAAUCUGAAGCUACCGAUAUGGAUCUUUUAAUGUAUCAUAUCCUUCAUACUCUUGAACCAUGUAUGGGUGGUCCAUUUGAAAUUAUGGUUGAUUUAACACAAUUUGGACCAUCCAAUGAUAUACAAUCACAAUGGGUUGAACAAUUCAUGAGAAUCUUACCAUUUGAAGUGGUGGAAAAUCUCUCCAAAUUAUAUUUUUGUAAUACGAAUACAGCUUUCAAGAGAUCUAUCAAAAAGUGGCCACGUCCUUUACCACACAUAAUUGCUAAAAGAACAGUAUUUUGUUGUACUUUAAGUGAAUUAUAUGAAUAUAUUGCUCCAAGUGAUGUACGACUUCCUAAAAUAACAAUGAUGCUUGAUACAGAUAAUACUAGUACAACUUUUACCAAUGUAUCCAGAAUUUCUCAUUAUCGAAUGCAAAUUAAUGUGAAUAUGAAAAUAUCCAAUGAAUAUCUUCAGAUCAUAACGUCAAAAAAACAGGAAAUUUUUAAUGGAUUAUCUUGUUGCCUCAAUGAUGUUUAUCAUAUCUCAGAAAUUGAAGAUGUUAAUAAUUCAUCACAUAAAAGUGAUGAUAAUGAAUUUAUCAUCAAGCAAGAUCGUGGAAAACCUCCAUUUGCGUUUACAAGUAAUAAAAGGGAUACUAUAAUACGAACUAUUCGAGCUUCCAAGGCAAGAUAUCAAAUAACUAGACCUACGAACCUUACCGAAAAAGUUAUUCGUCCUAACGGUGUUCCGGGUACAUUAUUGAAUAUGGCAUUACUUAAUAUCGGGUCGGAUGAUCCCAAUUUACGAUUAGCUGCUUAUAACUUAUUGGUUGCUUUAAGUCUCAUCUUUAAUUUCGAUGUAGGGAACCAGUUACUUAGUGCCAAAGAAAAUAAUAGUACUUUUGUAUCUCAAAUGAGUGAAAAACUUGCUAUAUCCGAAACCCAUCUAACUUUAGAAUUUCUUUCCGAAUUCUUUGAUGGUUUCUAUAAAUCAAGUUUAGCUCAAAAACACCUAUGCCUUCAAUAUAUGGCACCUUGGUUGGCAAAUCUUUCAUUCUAUUGUAGAGAUUUUUCAGAAAAUCAGAAUAGUGUAAAACAAACGCGAGAAAUAAUAAGAAAAUUGAUUGAUAUGACCACCAAAGAAACUGAAAUGUAUACAUCGAUUCAAGCAAAAGUUUGGAAUACAUUAAAAGGAGUAGAUGAAAUUACAAAUUUAAUAAUUGAUGAAUUCAUAAAUUAUGCAGUUGAACAUGGUAUUUCUUCUACUCAAGCAGAGACAGUAGCCAACACUAUUGUCACAUUAUCAUCGGUUAACAUUCGUGGAAAAAUAAUAACCAGACUUCGUAAGACAAAAAAUCUCACCGAAAAUCCUGCUUGGACAGAAAUCGCUUUAUUUCAUGUAAUAUCACUUUUAGUAGCUACCGGACCACCACUUAUAAGAGCUUCAGUUCAUGGAUUAAUAGUUAAUUUAGUCCAAUCAUUAUGUACCGCACAACAACUUGCACCGGAAAAUCAUAAACGAUUAACAAUUUUAUUAAUGGAAUUAUCUGAACCUAAUUUUCAUUUCUUUUUUGGAUUAAAUCAAUCAUCGGGUAACGCAUUUGUUAUAACUGCGGAAUCUACACAUAAUCUACCUGAUACUAUGCCACUUAGUUCAUUGGAAACAGUAAUUCAAGCACUUUUAGAAGUUAUUAUAUGUGGAGCGCCAUCAGUUGAUAUUUCUAAUGCUUGGAGAGCUCGAUGGAUGGGACUUGUGGCGAGUACAGCAUUUCAACAUAAUCCUGCUAUACAACCUAGAGCUUUUGUGGCAUUAGGAUGUUUAGCUCGAGAAGAAGUUGAUGAUGACCUUUUAUAUCAAAUUUUAGUUGCAUUAAAAGGAGCAUUAGCAGAAUUUUUCGAAAAUGAUUGUUCAUUAAUAAUAAGUAUAGUGAUGUGUCUCACCAAAAUAGUUGAAAAUAUAAAUAAAAGUUCGCAAUAUCUUAAAGAAUUAUUUUGGAUAGCGAUUUCACUUAUUCAAAUAGGACAUAUACCAAUAUUUCCAAGUGCGGUAAAUUUAUUACAUGUAGUUUUAAAAUCAUUGGAUAGUAAUAAUUUCUUUACACAAGAUAGUAUUUCCAAAGUACUUUUAAAAUUUCGUCGUCGAAAAUUAUAUGAAAUAGGACAAGAGAUGGAUAAAGAAAAUGGAAUUAAUUUUGAACAUUUUUCAUUUGCGGUAGCGGCGGCAUUAUUAAAAGGAUUAAAAAAUUCCGCGACCAAAUCAAGUACCGUAUCAGUAUUAAAAUAUUUCCUAGAGAUAUCAUUUAAAUGUUGUUUAGAGACGAAACAAAAAAAUAUAGUUCAUUCAUCAAUGUUAGGAUAUUUAGCAGCAUGUUUACCGAUAUCAGCCAAAACUGGAGAGAUGAAAGAUAUAUUAUUAUUAUGUGGAAUUUUAGAUCCCGAAAUGGAAAAUGUUGAACUAUCGACAACAUAUUGUCCCAUAAUAAACAAAUUAGAUAUUCCAGAUAAUAAAACGGCAUUACUUUUAAUAUCAUUAAUGGUUACAUUACUUCAGAAUGCUGAAACAGAAACAGAAAAAUUGUUCUUGUACGGAUUCUUAGCGGAAGCGGCCAAAACAGUUCCUGAUGUUUUUGCCUUAGUUUAUGAUGUACUUCAACCAAAGAUGAUACAAAUAGUUUCGAAUAGUGAUACCAUACCAAUCUUGGAUGCGGUGCAUAAAAUCUUGAUUACCGUGGUUUCGGAAUCUCAAUUUAGUUCAAGAAUGCGAGGUGAUCAAAUAUCAUAUUUAGAAGAAAUUGGAUUUAGACAUUUAAUGGACGCGGGAUCAUUCCAAUCAAUUACCAAAGAAAAAAUGAAAAUAAAUGCAAAAUUGGCGAGUAAAUUAGUUGGUCGUACGAUUGGACAUUAA